AUGCCACCACCAGUAGGCCCCCCCCCAUACCCACCUCCCGAUGGAGGCUGGGGCUGGGUAGUGGUUGGAGCAUCUUUUAUCUCCAUUGGAUUUUCAUAUGCAUUCCCCAAAGCUGUCACAGUGUUCUUCAAAGAAAUUCAGCAAAUAUUCAAAACUACCUACAGUGAAAUAGCGUGGAUAUCAUCCAUUAUGCUGGCUGUUAUGUAUGCAGGAGGUCCCAUAAGUAGUGUUCUGGUGAAUAAAUAUGGUAGCCGACCAGUGGUGAUGGUAGGAGGUUUAUUAUGCUGUUUGGGAAUGGUCACAGCCUCUUUUAGUACCAACGUAAUAGAGCUUUACCUCACGAUGGGAUUUAUUUGUGGUUUAGGUCUAGCCUUCAACCUGCAACCAGCCCUAACGAUCAUUGGCAAAUACUUCUAUAAGAAACGACCCAUGGCUAAUGGCCUUGCCAUGGCAGGAAGUCCUGUUUUCUUAAGUACAUUGGCUCCUUUCAAUCAGUACCUUUUUAAUACUUUCGGCUGGAAAGGAAGCUUCUUGAUUUUGGGAGGUAUCCUGUUGAAUGCCUGUGUGGCUGGGUCUCUCAUGAGACCCGUUGAACCCAAACAAGUUACCAAUAAGUCUAAAAAUAAGAUUGGCAUAAGAAUGGAUGAUUCAGGUGUGAAGAAAAGCCAUAAGAAGAAAUCAGCAUGGGAGAAAGUCAAUAUGUAUUUAGAUUUCUCCCUUUUUAAGCAUAGGGGAUUUCUGAUAUACUUAUCUGGAAAUGUCAUUAUGUUUCUAGGGUUUUUUGCCCCCAUUAUAUUCUUGGCUCCAUAUGCUAAGGACAAAGGAAUUGAUGAGUAUUCUGCAGCUUUCUUGCUGUCUAUUAUGGCUUUUGUUGAUAUGUUUGCUAGACCUGCUGGAGGACUCAUUGCAAACUCCAAACUUAUCCGCCCCCGAAUCCAGUACUUCUUCAGUUUUGCAGUCAUGUUCAAUGGAGUGUGCCAUCUCUUGUGCCCAUUGGCAGAGGACUACACAAGCCUGGUGUUAUAUGCUAUAUUUUUUGGUCUUGGAUUUGGGAGUGUUAGCAGUGUCCUCUUUGAAACUCUCAUGGACCUGGUUGGCCCUCAAAGGUUUUCCAGCGCUGUAGGACUUGUCACAGUGGUGGAGUGUUGCCCCGUUCUUCUUGGUCCUCCUCUUGCUGGGAAAUUGGUGGAUCAAACUGGACAGUACAAAUACAUGUAUAUAGCCUGUGGGGCUAUUGUGUUCCUAUCGAGUGUGUGGCUGCUGAUCGGCAACGCUAUAAACUACAGAUUGCUUGCAAAGGAAAAGGAGGAAGAAGAAAGGAAGAAGAAACUGCAUACACCUGAGUCCAGAGAGUCUGAGCCCUUGAACAAAUCUAACCAUCAUGAUGUUAGCGUCAAAAGUACAAGAACAGAGAAUAAUUCCUCAGAAAGAGAAACUAAUAUUUAACAAGAAUCACAUCUCUGAUUUCAGUGUUUAUGACUUUCUUAGGAGUGUUUUUUUUUUUUCCAAAAUAUUGGGGAAGUUUUUACUUGAAAUGAGGAGUCAUAAUGAAGAACGGAGAUGAGAUUUUCCUCAAUGGCAAAUUUUUAUAAGUUUGUUUUUUAACACUUGUUUGGAUAGUCCAGUUUUGAGAUUAUGCCUAUAAAGAAUCCAUGCAAUGGGUUUAUUUCCAUACAUGAUUCUGGUUGUCAUGGUUAAAAUAAUUUUAAAGUCUUCCAGUCUUGGUUAUAGAGAUCUGAAUCCCAAACCUCUGGUUUAAGUAGUUAGAAAGCGUAUGUUUAAUCCUGUAAGAAUACCCUGUCCAAAUUUCAUUUUUUAGUGUUAAAUAGAAUUGAAGGAAAAUUAAUUUUCUUCUGGUGUGCACAUGCACACACACACACACACUCACCUAUAUGUACACACGUGCAUGGAGUAUCCAGCGAACAAAAGACAAGUAAGUUCAAAAAGAAUAUUAUCACUUUUUUUAACUUUAAAAAUAAAUCCAUGGAGAAUGAGGAAAUGUGUUAUAUCUGCAUACUACUUUACAGUGUGAAUUUUAAAGAUAAAAACAUGGAUGAAAAUGAGAAUGAUCUUAAUUUGAAAAUGCAACUAACUGUGUAAAAAAAAAUUUGCAUGUAUAAAAUAAAUUUGAAAAAAAAAAAACCCUCCAUUUUAAACCAUUAAUUCUGAGCACUGUUAGAUUUGAUUAAUCCAUGCACAUGAUUUCUUUGAGGACAGUCAUUAGUACCUGGUGCUAGAGAAUAGAACCCUCAAAUAAUUUUCAGAAUCUUACUUAAUAUGUAAACCAAAUUAAAAGCCUAAGUGACUCCUCACAAUGAGCUACGUUCAUUGAUUUUAAAAGGAUUUUUGUUACUAAUCCAGAAAGUAAUAACCAGGGAUUUCUUUUAAUCAGAACUCAGUCUAGACUCACUGUCAUACUGAGACUUCAAGAUGGAAUUUACUGGAAUCGUGGUUGACAGGCUGACAAAUAAGCCAAAUUCUAAUUUUUCCCAACACAUAACAGUGAUCAGAGGACUACUGCUAUGAGUGAUCUGAGUAAAGCUGACUAAGAGGGAGAGGUGCUUAUACUGAGCCCUCUCAGUUCUGUCAUUUCUCGCCCCUCCCUAAAAUGCAAAAGCAAAACACAGAAAUCCAAACAGGCCUUUCACCCAGCCACUGAAAUUCCUCACACUGUGGGGAAUGGCAGCACCUCAAAAUCCCACCCCGUCCUGGUGAGACUUCCUCCUGCCUGGGAACAUAACCGGGAGACUGGAGACUGUUAGAAAAGGUUUCUAGAACUGGAGACUUGCACGUAACUCUGUAUACACACUUGGGAAGGGUAGGCAUAGUUAAUCACACGAUAGCAAGAGGCCUGCAACAUGGCCGGCCAGUUUAAUUUAGCAGUUUCUCAUUUUCAUAACAAUGUUAAAACAUCUGAGAAUCUGAAUCAGCUUUGAAUAUUCAGGCAUGUGAUAGUUACUGUGCACUCAGAACUAUAAAUACCACUUAGAGUAAUACAAUACUUUUAAACAAGAAAGAAUUUGUGCCUUAUGGCUAAAGUAAAUAAGUAUUUACAUCAGUAAAUCUGAAGUUUAAAUUAAGAGUAUGAUUAAUAAAAAACAUUUAGUGCUUGAUUAUUGAAGUGAUGUUACUCUUAAGAUGUCAAAAGGAAUUUGCUGUUCAUUUUUUUUAAUUGCAGUGGAGGCAGAUGCUAUCUUAUUUCCUAUAAGAUUGCACCUGGACCCCAAGCUUUUGUAAUAGUUAACAUUAAGGAUUUGAUUUGUAAAAUUUAUGCACUGGUUAAGCAUGUGGCUCAUAUUUAGGAAGCUAUAAGAAGUCCCAUAUUUCAUUUAGCAUUCAUUUUGUUAGCAGAUGAAGAGGAAUUUGUAUUUUUUAAAUAUGAAAUAAAGCAACUUGUGCCAAUACCACAGGUAAAUAAAUUAGGCAAAAUGUGGCAAUGUAUGGCUGUUUUAAUUUAGUUUUGCCCAGUCUUGAGUCUUGAAUGAACUACUUUCAUAUUUUUAGUCCUUUUGUAUUCAACUCUGACUCAUCAUAAGAAAUGCAACAUCAUAAAUUGUGUAGUAGCUCUCCAAUCUUAAACAUUUCCAAAAAGUCUUCAAUUCUCUGAGGAUACAUAUUUAAAUUAAUAUACAUAUCA